ACCUGAGGAAUCCGCCUCCGGCCGCGGUGGCGCCUCGCUCCGCCCCCGGGAACUGAGCGCGCAGCCCGCGCCCUGCCUCAGAGACGCCAGCCACCGGCGGCGCUAGCCCCUCUAAGCAGAGCGCAGCACGAAGCCGCCCGGGGCUGUGGAGACCACCCUGGCCCUCUGCCCUCGCUCCCGCCGGGGCCAGGUGCAAAGAAACCUUAAGAAAAUUCUAAUCUAGAACAAGCUCCCAGAGAUGUUGACUGCCUAACUUAACCAUGAACAUGAUUUAAAAAUGUUAAUAUAUGAACCAAGGAAUUAUACCGACUCCAGAGUUCUGACAAGAUGUGGUUUGCUUACAGAAGAAUUCCUGGCAUUUCAGGGAAGAAAGUAAAGGUUUCGAGUAGGAAUACUGUAUCCCUUUGUUACAGAUUGAAGUAGAGUCCUUCUUUGUCUUCCUAUAACAGUCUUCCAAAUUGCUAUGAAAUCACUGGACCAUGGGGAACUCGUAUGCUGGGCAAUUGAAAUCUGCUAGAUUUGAGGAAGCUCUACACAACUCCAUAGAAGCCUCGCUCAGAUGUAGUACUGCAGUGCCACGGCCAAUCUUUUCCCAGCUCUAUCUGGACCCGGACCAACACCCUUUCUCAUCUGCAGAUGUCAAACCGAAGGUGGAGGAUCUAGAUAAAGACCUAGUACACCGCUACACUCAAAAUGGCAGCCUGGAUUUUUCUCACAACGUAGCAAUGAAUGAAAUGGAAGAUGAUGAAGAUGAAGAAGAAAUGUCUGACUCAAACAGCCCACCAAUUCCCUACUCACAAAAACCUGCCCCGGAAGGAUCUUGCACAACAGAUGGGUUUUGUCAGGCUGGAAAGGAUUUGCGUUUAGUAUCCCUGUGUACGGAACAAAUUGACAUCCCAGCUGGAUUUCUGCUGGUGGGGGCCAAGUCUCCUAAUCUUCCUGAACACAUCCUAGUUUGUGCUGUGGACAAGCGAUUUCUACCAGAUGACCAUGGGAAAAAUGCACUUUUAGGGUUUUCUGGAAAUUGUAUUGGUUGUGGAGAAAGAGGAUUUCGAUAUUUCACGGAAUUUUCCAACCACAUUAACUUGAAGCUCACCACCCAGCCAAAGAAGCAGAAGCACUUAAAGUACUACCUAGUCAGAACCUCCCAGGGCGUGCUAUCAAAGGGACCUCUCAUCUGCUGGAAAGAAUGUAGAAGCCGACAAUCCUCUGCUCUUUGCCACUCCACUAAGCCAAUUUCUUCAGUAUCAUCAAGUGUGGCUCCAGAAAAUGGAACAGCUAAUGGAUACAAAGCAGGCUUCACUCAGACAGAUUCGCCGGCUCUCAGUCCAGCUAAUUCUGCAAUCAAUUUAAGUGGAGCUCAGGACCUGACCUGGAAUAAGAAUGUGGUGAAACCACUGCCUUUACCUUUGCAGGUUGUAGGGAAGCCUUUUAUUGCAGAAGCAGCAAAUGGGACCAAUGGCCAUGGAGGUAAGAGCAGCACAUCUAGUUCCACUCCAUCUCACCCUGGGAACUACUCUUUGUCACCAAGACCUACCUACACACCCAUAGAUCAAGCUAACAUGUUCAUUUCUGGCCCACCGAAGAAACGACACCGGGGAUGGUAUCCUGGGUCACCUGUCUCCCAGUCUGCUCUAGUUGUGCCAGUUCCCACAGUUCGUCCUCUUUCAAGAACUGAGCCCCUUUUAUCUACCCCAGUUCCACAGACCCAAUUAACUGGAAUUCUCCAGCCUCGGCCUGUCCCUGCAGGGGAAACUGUGAUUGUUCCUGAAAACCUGCUGAGUAACUCAGGAGUUAGACCAGUGAUCCUGAUAGGCUACGGCAAUUUACCCUAUUUCUAUGGAAAUGUUGGUGACAUUGUUGUGAGUCCUCUGCUGGUGAACUGCUACAAGAUUCCACCGUUGGAAAACAAAGAUCUGGAACAAUUAGGGUUGACUAGCACCCAUCUCCUGAGUGUGGAGAACAUGAUCCUUCUAACAAUACAGUACCUCGUACGGUUAGGUCCUGACCAGAUACCUCUCAGGGAAGAAUUUGAGCAGAUCAUGCUGAAGGCUAUGCAGGAAUUCUCUGUGAGAGAGCGAGCCCUGCCGAUGGGUGAUCCUUGUACACCAGUGUCACCGGCACAGCUCCCCUGGCUUGCUAGGUUAGCUGCCAGUGUGUCUCAGGACCUGGUUCAUGUGAUUGUGACCCAGAACUCUCUAGCAGAAGGCAUUUCGGAGACACUGAGGCUGCUCAGUGAAAUGAGACACUGUCAGAGGCUGCCGGAUUAUGCUGUGGUAAUUUGUGCCUCACAAAUCAGAGGAAAUGAGUUUUGUGUGGUGGUGUUAGGUCAACAUCAGUCCCGGGCCCUGGCAGAGAGCAUGCUUACCACAAGUGAAUUUUUGAAAGAAAUUAGUUAUGAGCUCAUCACAGGAAAGGUCAGCUUCCUGGCAUCACAUUUCAAAACAACGUCAUUAGGUGAUGACCUGGACAAGCUGCUAGAAAAAAUGCAACAAAGAAGAGGAGACAGUGUGGUCACCCCUUUCAAUGGUGACCUUAACGAGUGUAUGUCCCCUCAGGAGGCUGCUGCUAUGAUUCCCACACAAAACCUGGAUAUAGAUAACGAAACCUUCCAGAUUUAUCAAGCACAGCUCACAGUUGCCAGAAGACUCUUAUCCCAGGUGUGUGCGAUCGCAGACAGCGGCAGCCAGAGCCUGGACCUCGGCCACUUUAGCAAAGUGGACUUCAUCAUCAUCGUCCCAAGGUCAGAGGUUCUAGUCCAGCAAACUCUCCAGCGUGUUCGACAAUCAGGUGUCCUUGUAGACCUGGGUCUGGAGGAAAAUGGGACGGCUCAUCAGAGAGCAGAGAAAUAUGUUGUCCGCCUGGACAAUGAGAUUCAAAGCAAGUUUGAAGUUUUCAUGAGGAGGGUGAAGCAGAACCCAUACACACUGUUCGUGCUGGUUCAUGAUAACUCCCAUGUGGAGCUAACGAGUGUGAUCUCAGGCUCUCUGUCACAUGGUGAGCCAACCCACGGAUUAGCUGAUCGGGUUAUUAAUUGCAGAGAAGUUCUAGAAGCUUUCAACCUCCUGGUGCUCCAGGUGAGCUCCUUCCCAUACACACUACAAACCCAGCAGUCUCGAAUCAGCUCCAGCAAUGAGGUCCACUGGAUACAACUGGACACCACGGAGGACGUGGGCUGCGAGAAGCUGUACUUUGGCUUGAAUGAGUACAGCAAGUCUCUGCAGUGGGGAAUCACCAGCCCCCUCCUGAGAUGCGAUGAGACCUUUGAAAAGAUGGUGAGCACCCUCUUGGAGAGGUACCCCCGUCUGCAUAGCAUGGUGGUCCGAUGCUAUCUUCUCAUCCAGCAGUACUCAGAGGCCUUGAUGGCUCUCACCACCAUGGCGUCACUCCGAGACCACAGCACACCAGAAACGCUCAGCAUUGUGGAUGACCUUAUCACCUCCCCAGGAAAGAACAAGAGUGGAAGGGGACACAUGCUCGUCAUCAGAGUGCCUUCCCUGCAGCUGGCCAUGCUGGCCAAGGAGCGGCUGCAGGAGGUGCGAGACAAGCUGGGUCUGCAGUAUCGAUUCGAGAUCAUCCUGGGGAGCCCUACCUCUGAACUGACUGUUGCUACUCACUUUGUGACGCGAUUAAAGACCUGGAGAGGAAACGAUCAGGAAGAGUGGAUACCUCGGACAUACCAAGACUUGGAAGGUCUGCCCUGCAUAGUGAUAUUAACUGGCAAAGACCCUCUUGGAGAAACUUUUCCCAGGUCCUUAAAGUACUGUGACCUACGAUUGAUUGACUCAAGCUAUUUAACUCGAACGGCCUUGGAGCAAGAGGUGGGCCUGGCAUGCUGCUAUGUCUCAAAAGAGGUCGUCCGGGGGCCUGCUGCUGCCCUGGACCUCAGUGGGAAGGAGACUGAGAGGGUCCCCACCAGUGACAAUGACUCCGAGGAGCUGCUCAUCGAUUUGGAGCGGCCACAGAGCAACAGCAGCGCUGUCACUGGAACCUCAGGUUCCAUCAUGGAGAACGGAGUGAGUUCUUCUAGCACGGCUGGCAAACCCCAGCAGCAGCCUCUGACCCCCACCACCAGCGUUCGGCUGGAUGAAGGGAUCUCCACCGGUACUGCCGUGGCUGGGGAGAUCCUGAAGCAGGAGUGUGACUCCUUGGGGCCUCCGAUGGCCAGUAGCACCACUUCCAAGCCUUCUUCGUCCUCAUCCUCGAGUGCCCAGGCUCUUUCGUGGUCAGGUCAGCCCCGAGGCCUGCACACAGCCCUGCCCCCCGUGGUGAUCUUAUCCAAAGCCGCAUAUAGCCUGCUGGGAUCCCAGAAGGGCAGCAAGCUCCCCUCCUCUUCCUUGCUGCCCCACGCUGAUGUGGCCUGGGUGAGCUCCCUGCGGCCAGGCCUGCACAAGGACAUGAGCAGCGAGGAGCAGUCCCUUUAUUACCGCCAGUGGACCUCGGCCCGGCAGCACCACGCUGACUAUAGCAAUCAACCAGACCCCAUCUCAGGCGUCCGAACCUUGCACCCGAGGCGGCUGCUGCUCACUGGCCCUCCACAGGUGGGAAAGACGGGCUCCUAUUUACAGUUCCUUAGGAUCCUUUUCCGAAUGCUCAUCCGGCUGCUGGAGGUGGACGUGUACGAUGAGGAAGAGAUAAACACAGAUCACACUGACAGCAGCGAACUGAGCCAGUCAGAGGGAGAGCCCUGGCCUGACAUCGAGACCUUCAGCAAAAUGACUUUCGACGUCAGUGUACACGAUCCCAAGUACAGUCUGAUGAGCCCAGUCUACAGCGAGAAGCUGGCGGGGGUCAAACAAGAAGUAAUAAAGGAGUACAAAGCUGAGCAGCCCCGGAAACGGGAAACCAUGUCUAUGAUGCUGACCAAGUAUGCGGCCUACAAUACCUUCCACCACUGUGAACAGUGCCACCAGUACAUGGACUUCACUCCCAACUCCCAGAUGUCAGAUUCCACCCUUCAUGCAUUCACAUUUUCCUCUUCUAUGCUGGGAGAAGAAGUCCAACUCUAUUUCAUCAUCCCCAAGUCCAAAGAGAGUCAUUUUGUCUUCAGCAAGCAGGGCAGGCAUCUGGAGAGCAUGCGGCUGCCCCUGGUUUCUGACAAGAAUCUAAAUGCAGUCAAGAGUCCCAUUUUCACUCCUUCCAGUGGUCGCCACGAGCAUGGACUCCUAAACCUUUUCCACGCCAUGGAGGGCAUCAGCCACCUUCACCUCCUGGUGGUCAAGGAAUAUGAGAUGCCACUAUACCGAAAGUACUGGCCCAACCACAUCAUGCUGGUGCUUCCUGGCAUGUUCAAUAAUGCAGGCGUGGGUGCUGCUAGGUUCCUCAUUAAGGAGCUGUCAUAUCACAACCUAGAACUAGAAAGGAACCGCCUGGAGGAGCUGGGAGUCAAACGACAGUGUGUCUGGCCUUUCAUUGUUGUGAUGGAUGACUCCUGCGUCCUGUGGAAUAUUCACAGUGUUCAGGAGCAAACCAGCCAGCCUACAGAAGCAGGAAUCUCCAGUAAGAAUGUGUCCUUGAAGAGUGUCUUGCAGCACAUUGAAGCCACACCAAAAAUUAUCCACUACGCAAUCCUGGGUAUACAGAAAUGGAACAGCAAGCUGACUUCACAGAACCUAAAGGCCCCAUUCUCAAGAUGCCAUGUGCAUGACUUCAUUCUCCUCAAUAUAGACCUCACUCAGAAUGUCCAAUAUGACUUCAACAGGUAUUUCUGCGAAGAUGUUGACUUUAACCUGAGAACAAACAGUAGUGGCCUUCUCAUCUGCCGCUUUAAUAACUUCAGUCUCAUGAAGAAACACGUUCAGGUUGGAGGGCAAAGGGACUUUAUCAUUAAACCAAAGCUCAUGGUUUCAGAGAACUUAGCUCCCAUCUUGCCUCUUCAGUAUGUCUGUGCUCCUGACAGUGAACACACACUACUGGCAGCCCCUGCACAGUUCCUCCUGGAGAAGUUCCUUCAACAUGCCUCAUAUAAACUCUUCCCUAAAGCCAUCCAUAACUUCAAGAGUCCUGUGCUGGCCAUUGACUGCUACCUUAACAUUGGACAGGAGGUAGCCAUAUGCUAUGUCAGUUCCAGACCCCACUCCAGCAACGUCAAUUGUGAAGGGGUAUUUUUCAGUGGACUCCUCUUGUACCUCUGUGACUCUUUUGUAGGUGCUGAUCUUCUCAAGAAAUUCAAGUUUCUAAAAGGUGCUACCCUGUGUGUCAUCUGCCAAGACAGAAGCUCCUUACGUCAAACAAUUGUUCGCUUAGAGUUAGAAGACGAAUGGCAGUUCCGCCUCCGGGAUGAGUUUCAAACUGCUAACAGCAGUGAUGACAAGCCUCUUUACUUUCUUACUGGACGCCAUGUUUGAGUUUUUGAAGAGACAAAAAACAACAAACAAACCCCUAUAGGGGGUGGGACAAACAAUUACUGGGGAUUUUUUUCCUUUAAAGUACAAUCACUGUGGAGCAAAGUGCAACAUAUUUAUCUCUUCUCCAAAGAACUCCCCAAAUGUGACCAAGGUGUUUGGGGACACUGUCCUUCAGUUCUGCUGACAGGACCCAGGUCCAGGUCAAUGCCACAGUGGGCAGUUAGGCAGUUACUUGGGGUGUGGGAGCCCAAGGAUAUAUUCCGGAGAACAAAUGUGGGGUCCGCAUUGUUUUUCUACCACACUGUGUUGGAGGGCAGGGUACUGACUGUCCACAUUAGCCAGCUUGAAUGUGUUACAUGAGACUCACACCACUGGUGUGGAAUGAAUUGAAGAUUAAUACUUGAGGCCUGAACCCUCAGUUUCUCUUCAGAUCUGUACUUUGGUACAGUAUUACUCAGGGGUCUGAAAUGAUACAAUGUAGAAGAUAUUUGUAUUUAAAAAGAAGUAGCUUGUCUUUCUCCGUGCAGUGUUAGUUUAAGAUUUAUAAUCUUAUAUGUAUUGAAACCUUUGGCAAAAUUUCCACAGGAGUUAAAAGUUUACUAUUUAAACUGAACAAAAAAAUCAGUAAAUGCCGAGCAGGCACUGUGUGCAUUCAUGAAGGUUCUUCUGGGCUUAACUCCUUUGUUUUUCCCAUUUCCAGUCUUUAAGCACACCAUGCCUAGGAAUGUAAACAGUGAUGCAUUCUGCAAUUACGCUGUACUGUGUUGGUUGAAAGCAAGCAGUUGGCACCUGGAAACCCACACAUCAUGCUGGGAUUCUAUUGUGCAGUCCAACUAGCUGGUUUCAUCGGCUCAGGCUUAGCAUCCUUUAAACAACUCAAUGAGUAACAGCUGUGGUGCACUGACACGUAAAAAUGAGUGGACUGGAAAACAGAACCAUAGACAAGUUUUCCUUAUAAUUUGAUCAAGUGACAUUUUCUCUGAAGAAUAAGGAAGACUUCAUGAAGAGUUUUUUGGACUCAUUAAAGUUAGCGGGUAGUGUAUGACUAAUAUCAACAGUAGGAGGCAUAAGUUUCUAUGUAUUUCUAGCCAAAUAUUUUGAUCAGAAACAUUUUGAAAGAAAUAUUCUAUCUACAAUAAUGUAUUGGAAGUUUACACUGAAAUUGCUCUAGUUUGUGGUGUCUUCAGAUUUUUCUCAACCUAUGUGUAUGAUUUUAUCUGCAGUUAAAACAGUCACUUUUACUUGCAUUUGUCUUAGGACCUGAGACUACUGAGAACCCCAAUGAGCCUGUGUUCCUGCGAGUGUUAGAUGAUGGACUCGGUUAUCCAGAUAACAAGGACUUUACAGCCAGUCAGAAGAUGGAAUGUAGUAGACAGAAACGGCCUGCAGAUCUCUUGGUUUUAAUGUAGCUACUUAUGAUGCUUUAAAUGUAUUUUAAAUGGAUAACUCCUUUUAACCCCAUUUUUAACUGUCCUUCAAAGAAUACCUUGCCUUAUUAUAUGCUGACUCCUGAGCUUUAAUACAGAUUAUUUUCAGCAAAGAGGUACGUUCCAGGGAAGUUCGAUUUAGAUAUGAAUGUAUCUAGCUUGUUCCUGUUUUACUGAAAGGAUCCAAUGCAGGUAAUAUCAAGAAAGCCACUGUUUGUGCAAUAUUCCAAUAACACUACGUAAGGUGAAUAAAAUACUUGAAAUAAUUCCACAAUAUUAGGUGGGGCAGAGCCUCUUAGAGGAGUUCUUACUGACUUCUUUUUGGACUAAGUUACUUUAAUGCAGGUACUCUAUGUUAGUUAGGGCUACAAUCUGGAAAUUCAAGUGAUCACAAGAGAAAUGCCAGAAUAAAACCAAGAGGUCAUCACUCCAAUAGCUGAAAAGUUCAAUUUACCUGCCUCUUUGUUUCCAAAGCCUAACUUCAUUAAGGUUUGGAUCUUUUAAAAAUUACCUAAAUCAGUGUAAUUCUUUAGAGAAUGCUAAGUCCGCCUUAAGGACAAAACUGCACAAGCCCAGGCCACCAUGAUUUGUUAGUUCAUUUCUUGGUGUGUUGAUUUUACCUGCUUCCAUCCCUGAGCACACUGAGGUAGGGCAGACCUGGUAACUUACCUGCAGACCUGCUGGACCUUGGCAUGCAUGACAGUUCACACAGGUUAAUACUGAAUGUAAACUAAAAACUUAGAAAUGCUGUAGUCAAGUUUUGGCUAUAAUUCAUGCAACUGCUUCUUGUGAUUGUUACAAAGGGGGCAUCUGUGUUACUGUUACUGUAAAACUUUCUUAACCAAAACUUGGUGAAUUUCACUCACUAGUCAGUCUACCUCACAUUUUGUUUAUGAUUCUAAGUUGUCUUAAGCUGUGUCUACAGUAUGUUCUUGUCCUUUCAUUUGGUGAAUGUAUUAAAAUUCCCUCACACUCCUCAGCUAUGAAAAAAGUUUGUUUACUUUAAACCAAUUUUUCCAAAUGUUACAAGGUGAAAUGAGUUCUGUGAUUGGCAAUGUCCAAGAAAAGUCUGGAAAUUCUGUUUUCAAUCCUUGUAUGGCUCUAAAAUUCCACUAUUUUGGACACUAAGUGAAUAGUUGAGUGAAAGCUAUUGCUUAUCUGAAGCAGCUACAUUCACCCAACCGCUACUGAAAAACUGCAGCCUGCCACAGUUAUAGAUAACAGACCAAAGAGAAAGCAACUGUAUUUACUUUGGUGAACCAUCAAUUAUGGGUUUUACUAUUAAUCUUCGAUUUAUUUCUGAAUUCCAUCUACUUUUACCUACUCUUAGAAAAAAAGGUUUCAACUCUAAUAUAUAAAGAACAGUUAUAAUAACAGAAUUUGAAACAAAACCACGUGUCUAGGCCAAAGGCCAUUAGAGCAGCAAUAAAUAUUUUCAAGUCUAAGGACAGGCAGACGAGAAACAGGCUUCCAUUAUCUGCCCUGGAAAGUCUAACAACAUGCCAACUGCUGAGUUCCUGAGGCUGUUUCCUUGGAAGCUGUAAGAAAAAUGUAUGUUUGCAUCACUACUGUAGUUGAUGUGUGCGUCGCUACUGUAGUAGUUGACUCAGCAAUCUUAACUCUCAGUAAAUAAGCUGUAUUCCCACAUAACUGGCAAACAACCAAUAAACUUCACAGUAGAUCUGAA